AUGAACUGGGCCGUGCCCAGCAUGCCCACUUUGCCAACUGGAACACGCACUGAUUCGUAUUGGCAGAAGGGCAUGUGUCCAAUUACUAGCAAGGUGGUGAUUCAAUACGGGGUAGAUGAUACGGAGGUCACGAAAGGCGAGCUUGAUCCUUCACCCGAUUAUACCAUCUGGAAGAGUUAUUUUGAUAUCAAGGCCUACGGUAUCGAGGUCGUGACGCCUGUAGCAAAGAUGUACUGA